UUAAAGAUUCCUUGGCAGGUAUUGGUGUCCAGGAAGUGGAGGUUCUGGACAUGGUCCCGGAUAUGCCACCGCCACCCGUGCCAGACGCUAACCGAAUACCUUAUGCCACACCGCCAAUUCCGGAAGACGACGAACUAAAACCAGGGCGAGCUGGUAACUAUGUGUCGAGACGGAAGACCGUGUCCCGCCCCAACGCCCGCCGCACGUCCUUGUCGAACGUUCCCAUGGCGACGACGCUGUCCAUUCCCCAGCUGGACGCGAUCCAGCGCUCCCAGAAGCUGCUGGACGUACGGCUGCAGCAUCUACAAGCGAGCAGCAAGGAGAACAAUCGUAUCCAGGACGACGUGGAGUUCGUGCGCAAACUGAUGACUGAGAACCAGAAGGCGCUGUGUAACGUCGUGCAGGCGCUGUCCAAUAUCCAGGGCGAGAUCGUCAACCUCGCCCAGUGCCUCAAACCCACCCCGAACCCGCCGCCCAAACAGCAGCAGGCCAACGCCGUGCCCAACGCGCACUCGAACGCCGUGGGCAGCUUCAAAGGCUCGAUCCGAAAGCGGUCCGACGACGACAAUGAAAGCAAGGUCUGA